AUGGAUCAACUUGUAACACGACUAAAACAACAGGAAGACGAAGUUAAAGAACUUGAAACACAAUUAUUUAGUCGACCUGAAUUCAAAGAUAAUCGUAAACUUGAAGAAUUACGAGCUGAAAAUGAAAAACUAAAUUAUCGAGCAAAUAUUCUUAUUCGUAGUAUUGAAGAAUUAAAAAAACAACGACCGCAAGCAAAUCCAUCAGAAGCUAAACAAGAUGAUAAUAAAGACAAACAACAAUCAUCACAAACAAAAUCAACGGAAAAGAAACAAGGUGAUCAUCAAGACAAAAAACAUCCAAAACAAACAAAAUCAACUGAAAAAAAACAAGACGAUUCCAACAAUAGCAAACAACAAUCACAAGUGAAACCAUCCGAAUCAAAUCACAAUGAUAAUAAAAAUAAAAAAUCAGCAACAACAUCAAGUAAAUCUCAUUUUACAUCUGGUGCACAAGGUGAUAGCCAACAUUCUUAUCGAAUAUUGGAUACAUUAAUUGGCCUUUUUGAACAAGCUAUUCGAAAAGCUUUUCCCGAUGAUACAAAUUUACCAGUUCUUGUUGUACCAGGACGACAAACCGAUUAUCAAUGUAAUUCAGCUAUGCCUAUUGCUCAGAAAUUAACUGCUGCUGGAAAAAAAAUGGUACCAACAGAAGUUGCUAAAAUCAUUGUUGCAAAUCUUCCUGAACAUGGAAUAAUUGGAAAAAUUGAAUAUUCUGGACCAGGUUUUAUUAAUGUUACUAUUUCCGCAGAACUUGUUUCUGGACAAAUUCGAAAUAUUUUAUUGAAAGGUGUUUUACCACCCAAUGUUUUAAACUUAGUUGGCCAUCAUGAAAGUCAAGGUGAAAUUAAAAAGCCGAAAGUUGUUAUUGACUUUUCGUCACCAAAUAUUGCUAAAGAAAUGCAUGUUGGACAUUUACGAUCAACUAUAAUUGGUGAUAGUCUUGCUCGUCUUCUUGAAUAUGUUGGUUAUGAUGUACUUCGAUUAAAUCAUCUUGGUGAUUGGGGCACACAAUUUGGUAUGCUUAUUGCUCACUUACAAGAUAUUUAUCCUGAAUAUAAAACGAAAUCACCACCAAUUAGUGAUCUUCUAUCGUUUUAUCGGGCAUCAAAACAACGUUUUGAUAAUGAUCCUAAUUUUAAAGAACGAGCUUAUGAAUGUGUAGUUAAACUUCAAGCAUUGGAUCCAGAUAUAAUUCAUGCAUGGAAACUUAUUUGUGAUGUAUCUCGACAAGAUUUCGAAUAUAUUUAUAAAGAACUUGAUAUUAAAAUAGUUGAUCGAGGUGAAUCAUUUUAUCAAAGUCGAAUGUUGGAUGUUGUUAAAGAACUUGAAUCGAAAAAUUUAUUAAAAUUAGAAGAAGGUCGUAAAGUUAUGUUUCUACCUGACAUUGAUGUUCCAUUAACAAUUGUCAAAACUGAUGGAAGUUUUACAUAUGAUACAAGUGAUAUGGCAACAAUAAAACAACGUUUAGAAGAAGAAAAUGCUGAUUGGAUUAUUUAUGUUAUUGAUUCGGGUCAAGCUCUUCAUAUGCAAUCAAUAUUUGCUGGUGCGAAAUUAGUUGGAUGGACUGAGAGAAAUAAUGUUCGAAUAGAUCAUGUUGGUUUUGGUGUUGUACUUGGUGAAGAUAGUAAAAAAUUAAAAAGUCGAUCUGGUGAAUCAAUUCGUUUACGAGAUUUACUUGAUGAAGGUCUUGGACGAUCAAUGGCUAAAUUAAAAGAAAAAGAUCGACAUAAUGUAUUAACACCUGAAGAACUUGAAAAAGCUCAAAAAUCAGUUGCAUAUGGUUGUAUUAAAUAUGCUGAUUUAUCUCAUAAUCGAAAUUCUGAUUAUAUAUUUUCAUUUGAUCGAAUGCUUGAUGAUCGAGGAAAUACAGCUGCUUAUUUACUUUAUGCUUAUACUCGAAUUCGAUCGAUUGCUCGAACAGCUGGUGUUGAUCAUGCUGUAUUAAAAGCAAUGGCACGUGAUGUUGAACUUAAUUUUGAAAUCGAAGAACGUGAAUUAAAAUUAGCUAAAUGUAUUAUUAAAUAUGCUGAUGUAUUUACGCGAGUACUUGAUGAAUUAUUAAUGCAUGGUUUAUGUGAAUUUAUGUAUCAAUUAGCAACAGCAUUUACUGAUUUUUAUGAUCGAUGUUAUUGUGUUGAGAAAGAUAGAACAACUGGCGAAGUUCGACUUAAUUAUCGACGAAUACUUUUAUGUGAAGCAACAGCAAAUGUAUUGAAACAGUGCUUUGAAAUUUUAGGCAUUCAAUCAUUAGACCGAAUGUAA